UUCCGUGUCUUUUACUAAUCACAAGCUUCAGCUCUCCAUCUUUCGUUUAGUCUACCCUCCUAGCGCCUCGUUGAUUUUCCAUUCGAGAUGACUGUCGGUGCAGGAAUAAGGUUGAUCAACGGGAAGUUGCUGGUUUCGGGCGAAUGUAUACUAACGGGCGUAAAUGAUAACGUCGUGUUAACUCCGGUCUCCACUGAAGGUCCCAUUGAUGGGGCUUUCAUUGGGGUCAAGUCCGACCAAAAGGGCAGUCGCAGAGUAUUCCCUGUGGGAAACCUUCAGGGAUUGCGUUUCUUGUCCCUUUUCCGGUUCAAGAUGUGGUGGAUGACCCAAUGGACUGGAACCUGCGGUAAGGAAAUCCCUGUUGAGACCCAAUUCUUGAUCAUGGAAUCGAAAAAUAGUUCGUGUUUGCAACCGGAAGGCAGAGAAGGAGCAGAAGAAGAGGAGCACUACAUUGUCUUCUUUCCGCUCCUUGAAGGGGACUUCCGAGCUGUUCUUCAGGGGAAUGAGCAGAACGAAAUCGAGAUUUGCCUAGAGAGCGGGGAUCCUGCUGUUGAUAAAUUCGAUGGGAGCCGUUUAGUAUUUAUUGCGUGUGGAUCGAACCCCUUCGAUCUCAUUACCGAUGCCGUGAAGACGAUUGAAAAGCAUUUACAAACAUUUUGCCACCGCGAGAGAAGAACGAUCCCAGACAUGUUGAAUUGGUUUGGCUGGUGCACCUGGGAUGCCUUCUAUACCGAUGUUAGUGCAGAAGGGGUUAAGCAAGGAAUCGAAAGCUUAAUGAAAGGCGGGAUCCCUCCAAAGUUCCUUAUAAUCGAUGACGGGUGGCAAUCAGUCGGGAUGGACCCCACUGGAGUUGAAGUGAAGGCUGAUGAUACCGCCAACAUAGCGGACAGGUUGGUGGACAUCAAGGAAAACCACAAAUUCCAGGAAGAAGGCUCGGUGGAGGAAAGCGUGGAUAACAGUAAGUCAUUUAGGUUCCGCCAUUUGAUCGCUGCUCUCAAGGAAAAGUACGGCAUAAGGUACGUUUAUGCGUGGCACGCAAUAACAGGCUACUGGGGAGGCGUGAACCCGAAUGUCCCUGCAAUGAAAUGCUAUGAACCCAAGCUGGCAGAGGCGAUCCCUUCUCCUGGUGUGGAAUCAAACGGUAUAUGUUAUGUUCUGAAAGGCAUUAUACUCAAUAAAGUUGGCGUUGUGGACCCAGAGAAGGCCUAUGAGUUUUAUAACGAUCUUCAUGAGUAUCUCUCUUCUGCGGGAGUGGAUGGAGUCAAAGUUGAUGCCCAGACGUCUCUCGAAACUCUAGGAGCAUCUCGAGGCGGGCGCAUAAAUCUUGCUCAGAAGUAUCACAAAGCACUCGAAGCAUCUGUCUCAAAGAACUUCAAAGACAAUAAUAUAAUCUCUUGCAUGAGUCACAAUACAGAUACCUUGUACAGUUCAAAGAAAACAGCUGUUAUAAGGGCAUCGGAUGAUUUCUUCCCAAGAGAUCCUGCAUCUCACACCGUUCACAUAGCAUCAGUCGCGUACAACUCCGUCUUUCUUGGAGAAUUUAUGCAGCCUGAUUGGGAUAUGUUCCAUAGUCGGCACCCGAUGGCUGAAUACCAUGGAGCAGCUCGAGCAGUCGGCGGGUGUCCUGUAUAUGUUAGUGAUAAACCCGAGUGCCACGACUUCAAUCUACUGAGGAAGCUUGUACUACCUGAUGGCUCAAUACUGAGGGCCAAACUUCCGGGGAGACCAACUAAGGAUUGCUUGUUCUCUGAUCCCACCAGGGACAGGAAAAGCCUCUUGAAGAUAUGGAAUCUAAACGAGUUCUCGGGAGUCAUUGGGGUAUUUAACUGCCAGGGGGCUAGUUGGUGCCGAACCUCGAAAAAGAACAUAAUCCACGACGAACAUGCUGCUACUGUUACGGGUUCUGUUUCUGCUAAGGAUAUUAAUUACUUCCCAAGAGUUGCAGGCGAUGAAUGGGACGGCGAUGCAGUUGUAUAUUCUCAUCGAGGAGGGGACCUGCGUUACAUUGCGAAGGAUUCAAGACUUCCGGUCACACUGAAACCCCGGGAGUACGAAGUUUUCACGGUUGUACCCGUAAAAGGCUUCCUGAAUGGAAAGGACAGAUUUGCUCCAAUAGGUCUACUUGAGAUGUUCAACUCAGGAGGAGCCAUUGCUGAUACGAAGUACGAGACUGUUGAUGGAUGUGCAAGUGUCUGGUUGAGCGUUCGAGGGCGCGGCAAAUUUGGAGCCUAUUCAUCGACUAGACCUGAGAAAGUCUCAGUGGACUCGAAGGAAGUACUGUUCAGGUAUGAUCAAGGGAACGGUCUCGUAAUUAUCUUUCUCGACAUGCCGGAGCAAGAGUCGUACCAUUGGAGCAUAACUAUCGUUUUCUAGGCUCGGUGACAGUUGCAGGGAAAAUAAGGGUGUCAUCAUAGUCAAUUCAAGAUCUUUAUACGCAAUUUCACCUAAAACUAUCGUUAUGUAAUAAUUUCUUCUGAGUAUAUCAAUUGAAGUACAAUAGAUGCACUCACGUGGGUCGAUGCACGAGAUUCGGCAGCACGUCUCCUCAAGAAAGGUCUCGAGUUUU